CAACACUCUAAUAUGUUUUGAAAAAUAAAAAUCCUGUUCAAUGGAAAAUAGUUGCAAAAAAGUAUUUGUAUAUGCUAAAAUGUGUAUUGUUGUUGCUUCACCAGGAUGAAUAAAAUGUUUGUUACCUGUUCUUCUUGACAUUGCACAUGUGUGCACAUUACAGUCAUUAAGUUUUGUUUGGUUAUAAUCAAGCAUGUCUUAUCGUACGCGAAUUCACUCACAUCUGUAAGAGAAGAUACAACUUCUUUAAGGAUUGGCAAAAGUUAUUAUCAAAAGUGGCGCAAAAUCAAAUUUACCUUAUGGCAACAAAUUUCUGGUGACCUGUGAUCGUGCACAAACAAAUUAAUAAUUGAGUAUCGAUACUUUUGCAAUCAAAUAUCAUAUCCAAUCCAACAUUUCAAUAUUGAUACUUAACACAAAUAGCAAAAUUGUUAAUACAGCUCUUUGAUUGCCAUUACACUAUGUAGAUGCAGUUCAGUUGCACUUCAGUUGUUGCUGAAUAGGAUGGCUCAGAAACCCAAAUCUUCAGUAAAAGCAUGUCAAGGGGAUUAGGUGACAAACAUGGAAAUGUAAGAGGUACACCAAAGUGUGGAACUGUGUGUGUGUUUGUAGGCAACCAGUCGUCUGAGACUCCCAUCCAGAACAAGCAAAUUGCACUCCAUAAUGGCGUACGGGCAGAUUGUUCGAAGCCACCCUCCUGAUGAUUGCUUCAUUAUUGUCAACGUUGGAGGUUUCAGGCAAAGGAUGGAGCACAGCGUUCUCAAACGCUUCCCUCACACCCGCUUGGCACGUCUCUUGUGUUGUAGCUCAUUAGAGGCCAUCUUGGAGCUCUGUGAUGACUUUGUUGCCACUGAAAUGGAGUAUUAUUUUGACCGCAAUCCACUUUUCUUCUGCUAUGUCCUCAACUUUUACUUGACGGGCAAAAUGCACCUAGUGGACGGUUUGUGCGUGCUGUCCUUCUGCCAAGAGAUCGAGUAUUGGGGCAUCAAGGAUCGCUAUCUGGAUUUGUGUUGUUGUGAGAAAUUUCAAGAGCUCUUGGAUCAGACUGAGGAGCUGGCCUUGGAUCAGGAGAGUGCUCUUCAUAGCACUGGCUCAUCCAUUGAGAAGCUGCCUGAGGCCGAUUUGUUCGACGGCACCUGGUGCGCGGACGUACGUCGGAGUGUUUGGCUACGCCUUGAGAAUCCAUCGUACUCUGUUUCGGCAAAAGUGAUAGCCGGGACGUCCUUGAGUGUAGUUCUGGUCUCCAUAGUGGCCAUGUGUGUUCACAGCGUGCCAGACUUUCGUCAGGUGGAUCACAACGACAAAGAGGUUGAACAUCCAGGGCUAGCGUUUUUUGAGAACCUUUGCGUCUUCUUUUUUUCCGCCGAAUUUCUCCUCCGUUUGGCAGUUGCACCGUCAGCCAGAAAGUUCCUGCGCAGCCCUCUCAAUGUUAUCGACUUGAUGUCCAUCAUGCCUUUCUAUGUCACCUUGGCUUGGGAUUUAGGCCGAGUGGCUGAAGAUGACAACUCAGAGUUGGAGAACGUGGGCAAAGUGAUGCAGAUCUUGAAGCUUAUGCGGCUAUUCCGCGUCCUCAAACUGGCCCGCCACUCAGCCGGCCUCCGCUCUCUAGGUGCCACGUUGCAGCACAGCGGCCAUGAAGUGGGCCUCCUGGUGAUUUUCUUGUUUGUGGGAAUUUCCACUUUCUCCGCCCUGAUGCAUUUUGUAGAGAGCGAGUCUCUCGAAUCUGAGCUGCGGACAAUCCCCAUCUGCUGGUGGUGGGCCACCAUAAGUAUGACAACAGUGGGCUACGGCGAUACGUUUCCUGUUACUCUUGCUGGGAAGUUAAUAGGAACUCUGUGCAUCUUAUCUGGGCUGCUUAUUGUAGCUUUGCCCAUCACCAACAUCUUUAACAAGUUCUCAAACUUCUACCAGAAACACUGCAAGAUAGACAGCAUUUCAAAUUCAAUCAAUGAUUGA